AUGGCUCCUCUAAAAAUCAUAGUCACAGGCAAAUCAUCCAUCACCCAUGCCCCAGAACGUGGCACCCUCACGUUCUCAGUAAAGGGAAACGGCUCCGAACAAGAAAAAGUCGCCAAAGAAGUGGCAACAUCAUCCACCAACCUACAAAAUUGGAUCACAUCAACCUUUAAUGCGAAUGAUCCCGAGUCCCCUCUGACAAACUUUUCAUCUACGAGUAUCAGAACCUGGACAAAGGCAACGGAUAGAGACCCCGUGUCAAACCCACACCAUGCCAGCAUAUCCUUCAAAGCCGUCUUCCGCGACUUCCCCAAGUUGAACUACGCGAUCGAAAAAUUGUUGGUCUAUCCCAAGGUCGAAAUCGACGGUCUAGAUUGGACUCUCACCGAUGAAACUGGGCGACGAUUGGCUUCGGAUGCGCGCAAAUUGGCUCUGCGCGAUGCUAUCCAACAAGCCGAGGACUAUUCGGAAGUGAUUGGACGCGAUGUUUCCGUAGCGGAAAUUGCCGACCAUGGGAUCAGUCCUUACAGGGCUUGCAACCGUAUGGUCGCUGCUAAUUACGGUGAUCAGCCUGGGGACGACCCCGUGCCGCUGGACCUCACACCUCAGGGUAUCGAUGUCGAAAGUAAUGUCAAUGUUACUUUUGAAGCUGAGUGA